AUGAAUCUAUCGAUUUGGAAUGAUGAAUUUUGGUUACCAAAAAAUAUAACAUGGAAAAAUUUUAAUCAACUUGAACAAAAUAAUAUUUGUUUACCAAAUAUUCAAGAUCUUAUUUAUGUUUAUCCAUUAGCUGGUUUACUUUAUUUAACACGUUUAUUAUUUGAAUGUUAUAUUGCUCAACCAAUUGGUAGAUUAUUUAAUAUACAUGAUAAUCAAUUAAAUAUACAACGAAUUAAUAAAAAAUUAUUAAAUCAUACAAAAAUAUAUGAUAAUAAAAAUAAAAAAAAACAUUCUACACGUAUGAGUCCAUUAGCAAAAUUUAGUGAAUCAACAUGGCGUUUUACAUUUUAUCUUAGUAUAUUUUUAUAUGGGUUAUUUAUUUUAAAAAAUAAAAUUUGGUUAUGGGAUACACGUCAUUGUUGGUUAAAUUAUCCAAAUCAUCAAUUAACAAAUGAUAUUUAUUGGUAUUAUAUGAUUGAACUUGCUUUUUAUUGGUCAUUAAUUUUUUCACAAUUUAUUGAUGUUAAACGAAAAGAUUUUUGGCAAAUGUUUAUUCAUCAUAUUGCUACUAUAUCAUUACUUUCAUUUUCUUAUAUUGUCAAUUUUGUACGUGUAGGAACAUUAGUACUUGUUGUACAUGAUUCAGGAGAUUAUUGGCUUGAAGGAGCUAAAAUGGCUAAGUAUGCUCGAGCACAGCGACUCUGUGAUACAACGUUCGUGAUAUUUGCCGUUGUUUGGUUUAUAACACGUCUGUGCUUUUAUCCAUAUAAAGUAUUGUAUACGACGACGUUUGAAGAAAUGAUUAUUCUUGGCUUAUUUCCUGCUUAUUAUAUUUUCAAUGGACUUUUAUUACUUCUUCAAAUUCUUCACUAUUUUUGGUUCUAUCUAAUUUGUCAAGUGGCCAUUUCAGCUUUCAAAGCCGGCAAAGUAAAAAGAGAUGAACGAAGUGAUAGUGAAGAAAGUGACGAUGAACAAGAUAUUGUCAAUGGUGAUGUUGACAAAGACAAGUGA